UUUCACUAUUUCUGUAAUGUUUCCCUUUUCAUAGUUGUAUGUAACCCAAUCGACAAACGGUCUUUUCAACUUCCGGUUCAAAAUGGCUCGUGUUCGAACUAAGACCGUGAAGAAGGCAGCUCGAGUGAUAAUCGAGAAGUAUUACACAAAACUGACUUUGGACUUCCAUACAAACAAGCGGGUUUGUGAGGACAUUGCCAUCCUGCCUAGCAAGAAGCUCAGGAAUCGUGUCGCAGGGUUUCUCACCCAUUUGAUGAAGCGUAUUCAGCGUGGUCCAGUUCGUGGCAUCUCCAUUAAACUGCAGGAGGAGGAGAGAGAAAGGAGAGACAACUACGUUCCAGAGAUUUCCCUCCUGGAGCAAAAUGAUGUCAUUGAGGUGGAUCCAGACACCAAGGAGAUGUUGAAAAUGCUGGACUUUGCGAACAUCCCCAACCUCCAGGUGACUGCCCCGAUCACUCAGAUGGGAGCUGGCCAGGCUGGUGGGCCCCAGCAGGGAGGAUUCAACCAGAGACAGCCACGUUAAUAUUGUACAGGCUUUACUAGUAAAGAAAAAAAUAUGAAUAUA